CGUUUGCUAGGGUUCCUUGUUCUAGGGCUUGUGGGCGAUAGUGCAUUUGGCGACGAAGUCGAUCCCAUGGCGACGAUGGAGCAGAGCUUCAUUAUGAUCAAGCCCGAUGGCGUGCAGCGGGGAUUGGUUGGGGAGAUCAUUGCGAGGUUUGAGAAGAAGGGAUUCACGCUCAAAGGACUGAGGCUGAUGCAAAUUGAGAAAUCCUUCGCGGAGAAGCACUACGCGGAUCUCUCAGCGAAGCCAUUCUUUGGUGGUCUCGUCGAGUACGUGACUUCUGGCCCUGUUGUUGCGAUGGUGUGGGAAGGGAAAGGUGUCGUGGAGACCGGCCGGAAGAUCAUCGGAGCCACGAACCCGGCUGCCUCGGCACCCGGAACCAUCCGAGGGGACUUCGCCAUCGACGUUGGAAGGAAUGUGAUCCAUGGCAGCGACUCGGUCGACAAUGCCAAGAAGGAGAUCGCACUGUGGUUCCCCGAUGGUGUCGUAGAUUGGCAGAAGUCUGUCCACCCAUGGAUCUACGAGUGAUUGAUCACGAGUGACGACGAAAGCCUUCGCAUUUAAGUUUUGCGUUCUUGCAAUUGAUGAGAACUUCGUUUUGUUUUCCACCUUAAUGACAAUAUAUGUUCAUGGCUUUCAAUUGUU